UCCAGCGAUUGAUCUUCUUACUCAGUUAAAGCAUAUGAAAGAAAAGGGAGUGAAAAAUUUUAACGAAAUUCCUUCAAACACUCAAGUUUAUGAUGCAGUUUCUCCGCCACAAAAUUCUGGCCUUUACUCAAGCCCAGCAUCGAGCAAUAAUCCCCAACAAAAUUUGAGCAAUCCACCCAACCAAUUUACAUAUAAUUUGAGUCAUAUCAACCAUCCAAGUCAUCAGCAAGGAAGCUCUGGAUUUAUAAAUACCGCUUUACUCAACACUAUUGAUGCCAAUGAACAUCAAAAAUCACUCAAAAGUAAAUCCGACAUCUCAGGAUUUGAAACACAGUUUAAAGGAAAAUAUUUGGGAAAUAAAUGGGAAAAUAAAUGGGACGCUAAAUUAAAAGCUCUCAAUGAUUCUGAAGACGAACGAAAAAAAGCAAUUGAGAAAUAUUCACAAUACAUCGGCAAUGUUCAUGACACUCUACUUGGUAAUGACAACUAUAAUGACAAUGUUUUUAACAAUCCCCAUCUUGAUAAAAUGCAAAAAAGUUUGGAAAAUGUUGUAUCAGGAAGUUCUCAACACCAAACUCCACCUGCACAGAAUUUUAACAAAAAUCACGAACACGCCUCCGAGAUUGAUGCUGAUGAUUACGUAGACUUGGGUUCUAAUUCUGAAAACUAA